AUGUCGAAGUUGCGGAAAACGCUCCCAGGUUCAAACGCCGCAGCACAAAAAGAGGUGCGCGGUGGACGAUCAGGAAAAGUGAUCUUGUGGGUAAGAGAGAAUCUAGGAUUUGAAGACGGGAGAGAUGAAGACAUCGCCAGGUACAUCAGCGUCGGAUUGAAGCAAAUUGUGUUGGAAGAUCUACUCCAGGAGAGGCUCGAUGUCGAAGACCAAACGGAGGCAAACCCGUCUGGAGUCGGUGUGCUCACUACUCUGGCAAUCAAGUCUUUUAAAAAGCUUUCUCUACUGGAGAUUCCGCAAUUCCUGGAUCACAUCAUCGCCGCUGAAGUUGAUUCACCAGCCCUGGGGUCAAAGGGGACCAAAAUAGGAUUCCUAUAUUGGAUCAGUGGGCUCUCUCGAAAGAUUGCAGAAUUUCUAGCUCUUUAUGAUGAAAGCAUUGCGAUUGAGAACCAGGCAAGCCAAAAUGCUACGCGAGUUGCUCGUGAAAGUUGGCGCCAAACACCCAUUUUGACAUCGCCCCAAGAUGCACCUGCGGACUACGGAACCCCGCAAUCACGUUUGCGGGCUUCAAAUACAUACGCUGCUCUGUCGUCAUCGGCAGCUCAGACCGAAAGCCCUGAAAUUCAAAUACCCCCAAUUUUCUACUCCAAUAGAUCGCAGACGCCUAAUUUCUCUCUGACAAGCAUGCCACUCAGAAGACGCAUGUCAGGCGCCACUUCUAUUUCUGAGCCACUGCUCUCCCAUCCCAGUCCAACUACAUUGUCAGCCAAUGGGCUCCAAAAUAAGAGGAAACGAGUCUGCCUUACGCAUGGCGAAGAAAGCGCCAUCCCUCCCAACGCGCUUAUACAGGUUAAUUCUUCCAUCAUGGCUGGGAGCACCUGCGACGGUGCAGAGGAAGGGAUACAAACAGAUAUCAACAUCAACGACGCAUACUGGUCAGUUAUAUUGUCAGACACGCCUAACCGAGCUAUAAGCGGUGCAGACUGGUUGCAGUCGUCUGUUGGUAUGAGCGGUACUUUUCCGGAAAUGGGUACGAGGGCAUCAACCACUGCGGGCACUCUGGCCGACCAGACAAACUUUUUCGUACCUGAGUUUCAAAACGAAGCAUAUGCAAUGCUUGACUUUCACGAUGGAUCAAAUCAGCUCCCAUAUUCUUCGAUGGUGUGGCGUUGCUCAGCAUCGACACCUUUGACAUGA